AAGUAGUGUUUGAGACGAGUUAAGGAGAGAGAGAUAAGGGAGCCAUGAACGAAACUAAAGUGGUUUUGACUUUGGGGGGUGAAAGAGACUGUAGUUAAAAAGGUUGUGCUUGUGCGCGUGAGAGAGAAUAAUCAAACGGGUAAAGAUAUUGAGCACGCAACAUAGGGGUUCCAUUUUGGAUUUAUUUUCAUUCGUCUGUUUGUUUCCCGUGUCUGAAACUCUGCCACGCGAAUACUUGGCCGGUUGGCCCACACUACAUUAAGAUUGAAGCCUUCCAGACCCAGACAGACCAGAGUACUGAACCUGGACGCCAAGCCACCGGCUGCUACUAUGGUGCUUGAGAACCCGGUCGUCUCCGAUAUCUGCGCCACCCUCUUGAGCGGUUGCAUCGUGCUGUCGAUUCUUCGAGUCUGGGUAGAGACCGCCAAACGAGGGUUCUUCGACCAGAAGUUGAAUCGGAAGCUUGUGCAUAUAAGCAUCGGGCUGGUUUUCAUGCUUUGCUGGCCUCUGUUCAGUUCUGGGCAUCGGGGGGCCAUUUUAGCAUCUCUUGUUCUGGGCAUCAAUAUCAUACGAAUGCUUCUCUUGGGACUUGGAAUAAUGAAAGAUGAGGCUAUAGUGAAGUCAAUGAGCAGACACGGAGACUAUAGUUUGUCCUUAGCUUACUUUAUGCAUCAGGGAACUUCUCAAGGGACCACUCUACUAUACUAUAACAAUCACUUUGGCUUGUAUAAUUUAUUGGAGAACUUCCCCCAUUUCAAUUGCAGCAAUCUGUAA